AUGGAAAUUGAAUUGACAAUACUUGCUGCAAAUAAUAUCAUUGCAGGAGACAUUGGAGGGACUAGUGACGGAUACGUUAAAUUUGAGACAAGAAGAACAAAAAAGAUGAAGACCAAAAUAGCACCACCAACGAUAAAUCCGAUAUGGAACCAAAAGUUUAAUUGUAUUAUUGAGCCAAAUGAAGAAGUAAAAUUUGAAGUAUACGACCAUGACUUAAUUGGAAAAGAUGAUAAUUUAGGAGAAGCAAAAAUAAAAGUACCAGAGAUGAUGACAGGAGAAUAUUGGCAUGACUGUUUAAGUAUUUCUAAAAGAGGAUAUUUAUAUGUAUCAUUAUAUUGUAAAAAAGGAAUAAGUGUAUCAACGUUACAUCCAUUUAAUCCAUUAGCAGAAAUGGUUAUUAGAAUGGAAUUUAAUAGAGUAACACAUUUAGGAAAAUGUAAUGGUAAUCCCCAAACAGGUAAAAUUAUAAUUAAACCACCAAACCAAAAAGAACAAAUAUCAAAUGUUUUUACUUUUAAUAAAUCUACAAAAAUUUCAGAAACUUUUAUUAUUAAAUGUAAACCAGGAGAUAAAAUUGAAAUUAAAGUAGAAGAAUUAGGAUUAUUAUCUAAUACAACAAUUGAUAAGUCUUCAUUCACUGUUCCUGACUUUAAAGAAGGUGAAAAAUCUGAAGAACAUUUACCUGGUAAAAAAGGAAGUACUUUUGAUUGUAAAAUUCAGUGUAUUAGAAGUGUUUACCAUAACGUUUUUCCUCAAUUUAUUCCUCAAGACAAUGACUUUGUUAAUGAAAGUUUAAUGAAAUUUUAUAUUUAUUUUGAUAAAGCUGAAAAAAUUAAAGCUGGUGAUAUUGGUGGAACUAGUGAUGCUUAUGUUAAAUUUAAAACUUCUCAAUCGAAAGAAAAGAAAACUUACGUUUUUGCUCCUUCUGUUAAUCCAGAUUGGAACCAAUGCUUUAGAAUUAAAGGUACUUUGGGAGAAGAAAUUAAGUUUCAUUUGUUCGACAAAGAUACUCUCACUUCUGAUGAUCAUUUAGGUGACGCUAAAUGGAAAAUUGAACCUUUAUUUAAUAAUCAAUGGAAAAAAUUCAAACUUCAAAUUGAUAAAAAAGGUUCUCUUUUUAUUGAAGUUAAACGUGUUAAGACUUUAAGUCUUACUUAUAAAAGAUUCCUUGGUUUACCUAUCCCUUCUACUCAGUUUCAAGGUUAUCCUCAACAACCUUAUCCUCAGCAAUAUCAAUACCUUCCACCACAUGGUUAUCCUCAACAGUCUUAUCCUUAUCCUCAACACAUCCCUUCUUAUCCUCAACCAGGUCAAUAUCCUCCUCCUCAACAACUUUAUCCUCCAACGCAAUCUGGUCAAUACCUUCCACCACAAGGCUAUCCUCAACCACAACAACCAUAUCCCCCUGCUCAAUACCCCUUACAAGGUUAUCCCCAAUAUCCUCCUGCUCAAUACCCACCUCAACCUUAUCAUUCUCAAGCCCCUGGUAUUCCUCCAAAGAAAUAA